AAAGCUGCUUUCACUUUCCCUUCCCCCUUGCUCCUGUCUCACUGCUCGGUCUGGCCCCUUAACCCCCCUGCCAUGGCCACCUUCAGUGUCCGACCCGAAGCCCAAGCCAAGGUGGAUUUGUUCAGAAAGGAGUUAUGUGCUCAGGCAGAAAUCCUACUUGGAACCUAUUUCCCUGCAAAGAUUUCAGAGCUGGAUGAGUUCUUGAAGGACCCAUCUCUGAAUGAGGAUGAUUUGAGUCUCCUAAAGGCCCCCCUGGAUAUCCCAGUCCCUGACCCAGCCAAAGAAAAAGAGAAGGAAGAGCGUCGGAAACAAGAAGAGAAGGAUAAGGAAGGAAAGAAAAAAGAAGAUGAUGAAGAUAAAGGUCCUCCUUGUGGGCCUGUAAUCUGCAAUGAGAAGAUUGUGGCCCUUCUGGGGCGGUUGAAGCCAGAGAUCAAAGAUGUGAAAGAACAGCUCAACCUGGUUUCCAUGUGGCUGCAGCUACAGGUGCCCCGAAUUGAGGAUGGAAACAACUUUGGAGUAGCUGUCCAGGAAAAGGUAUUUGAGCUGAUGACUACACUCAGAACUAAGCUAGAUGGCUUCCAAACCCAGAUCUCCAAGUACUUCUCUGAAAGGGGUGAUGCAGUGGCUAAAGCAGCAAAGCAGCCACAUGUGGGUGACUUCCGACAGCUGGUUCAUGAAUUGGAUGAAGCACAGUAUGGAGAGACAAGACUGAUGGUCAUGGAGAUCCGAAAUACUUAUGCUGUCUUAUAUGAUAUCAUCCUGAAGAACUUUGAGAAGAUCAAGAAGCCCAGGGGAGACACAAAAGGAAUGAUCUAUUGAAAAAUGGAGCCUGCCUCCCUUCUCCAUCACCUCUUAACUAGGAUCAUCUGUCCAGCUUCCAUUUAGAACUUCCCCUCUUAUCCAUACCUUGCCUUCUAGGCACCAAUAAAUUUUGUCACACCAC